AUGGCACCCACUGAAGCGACGAUCCUCACCAACUACCUGCUGGUUCCGGCACAGUUGCCAGCAAUCAUCUCGCUCAGGGAAUUCACAGAACUGUUCCCACGUUCUCAACAGUCAUCACCACAGAUCCGAAGACUAUAUAGAGACCUGCAGACCCAGAGAAACGCGCUUAUUGACGAUGUUGCAGCCAAUAUCGAGCAUGAGGCGAGGCGCGGCAAGGUGCUGCGACGCGAGGCUUUAAGAGCCAAGAGGGAGGCCGAGAGCCAAGAAGUGGACGAUGAAAUCGAUGUCGAGAGAGCACUUUACGGACCCGCUUCAAGGGCCUCAGGCCUGAAGCACAACAUCAGCUCCAUAAUCCCAGAGCUGGACAGUGCCGUGGAGGAACUAGAUGCUGCAGUCAAGAACCUCGAGGAUGAGGAGGCCGAGUUGCGACAGUCGAUCAGACAGACUGUCGGCAGCAUGAGCGAUCUUCGUUACGGCAGACUUUCAAACGCGCAGUUGAGCAAGCAGGUCCUUGAUGGGCUUCAGACGGUCCAAGAGACAUGCGAAGCAAAGAAAUGA